AUGGCCUACCCAUACUACCCGGGACAAUACCCAUAUGCAUAUGCCACCCCCUACCUGCCUCCUCAGUUUAUCAGUCCGCAAGUAUCGCCCUUGAUACCCCCUGCAGAUCUACUGGGAUCGCCUUACGGCAGCCCCCGUCGCGUGCACUUCGAAGAUGAUGUUCGUCCCCCUCCUCCUCGGCGAGAGCGCAGGCCAUCCUGGUACGCAGGUAUGCCCGGGAUGGCACCCCCACCGAAUCCGGCGCCCUUCCCCUCUCCACCGAUGCUAUACACGGCUCUUCCAGCCAUGGUGCCUAUAGCUCCGAUGACUACCCUAUCCCCGCCUGCCUAUCCUGGUCACCACCGCAGGGGCUCCGACAGUAACCUUGCUGCGCCCGGAUGGGCUACGGGCGCUGCUUACCCCAUGUAUACUUCUCCGUGGGUGUACCCCAGUCCUCGACCGUCGCAACAACUGCACCCUCUCCUUAACGGAGAACAGCGGGGCGGUCCGCCGGUCGCGUUCGAUCUCUCCCUGCACGACUUCCGGGUCAUGCACCUGUCCGCGAGCGGACAGCCUACGGGGAUCGGACUCAGCUGGCCGCUCAAGCUCGAGCCGCACGAGCGUGAUCGGGGCAGCUUCCUCACGAUCCCCUUCGUAUCCCGCGAUGACGCGCCGAUCACGCUCGGCGACGUGCUGAUUGCGCUGCACCGGCACUUGCAACAGCGUAUCACGCAGGUCGAGUGGAAGCGCCUGAACCCGUCGGAGGAGGUCGCUGUGUCCCGGGCGUACACUCGGAGGUGCCGUACGUACCCGUCGCGGGUGGAUUACUUACUGGAUAAGUAUAUGUUCAAGGGCCUCGUGUCGGCGGGCUCGAGCCAGGAUGGGUACGAGAAGGUCAAGUUGGUUGUAGGCCCGGCGCGGUAA